CUUCAGCACAAUGAAGCUCGUCAGAUUUUUGAUGAAGCUGAACAACGAGACUGUCUCAAUUGAGCUCAAAAACGGCACCGUUGUUCAUGGAACCAUUACAGGUGUGGAUGUUAGCAUGAACACACAUCUGAAGGCUGUCAAAAUUACGCUAAAAGGGAAGAAUCCAGUGACGUUGGAUCACCUAAGUGUGAGGGGUAACAACAUCCGUUAUUACACCCUCCCUGACAGCUUAAAUCUUGAGACGCUGCUGGUGGAAGAAACACCUAGGGUGAAGCCAACAGCUGGAAAGCCUAUGGGAUCGUAG